UCUACUUUGUUCUAGCUGUUUCAUUUUUCAAAUAGAACUGAAACAGACCACCCGCAACGCGGAGUUGCAGUUUUAUUUUUCGAGCAGUAUUUUGGAUCAGAAAUAAAACUGCUCGACGAGUUUGUUUCAAACGUGUGACGAUUUGGAACUGGAAUAGAACUCUGUUUUAUUUUUUGCUUCAGUGUGUUAGUGACAUUUGACAGAUAAACAAAGUUUUGAUUUCGAUUCACUUUGAUUCUUGUUUUUUUAGCAGCAGCUGCGUUUCUGGUCUCGGUUUUGGUGAGUUUUCCUGUUUUUAAUAAAAACUAGUUUUUUUAUUCGUUAUCGAAACAUUUUUAGGAAAUGGAAGAUGCGGGGGGUAAGAAAAAAUCUUCCGGGAAGAAGCGAGGAGCUGGAUUUCACCCCCAGGAUGAUCUUCAACUAGCUAAAUCGUGGAUUGCUGUUUCAGAAGAUCCGAUCAAGGGCACGGACCAAACAAAAGAUUCAUUUUGGAGCUCGGUCAAAGAACACGGUGGGUUCGAGACCCGAACUCCUGACGGUCUUCGCCAACGAUGGGGUGUCGUAAGCCGCGCGGUCUCAAAGUUUUGCGGGAUAAUGACUAAUCUCCAAAAUAAGAACCAAAGUGGGACGACGGAUGAGGAUAAACUCGACAAAGCGGCAGUUAUUUUUAAGCAGGAUGAAGGCAAAGAGUUUCGAUUUCUUGCGUGUUACGACGUUUUAAGCUUCUGCCCGAAAUUCAGUGUUGAUCUUGGAAAUAGCGUGGGAGCUGCUAGUACCUCCGCUGCGAGUACCUCUACUGCUAGUCCGUCCGCCGCAAAUUCUUACGCCGAGAGUCCAACUGGUCGUCCAUGCGGACGUGAUAAGUCGAAAUUCCUCUCAAACAACGCCAGCAACAUUCAUGCCUUGGAACUGCGACGAGCUGAAGCACUUGAACGUAUUGCGUCAGCUGCCGAAGUGAAGGCGAAAGUUUUUACUGAAUAUAAAAAUGAACUCAGACAAAAAAAUGUUAUCCAAAUUGCCACUACUCGUUUGGAUGAUUUGGACCCGAUCUCGAGGAAGAUAAUGAUAAUAGAGAAGCAAAGGGUGUUGCAAGAACUAACUGUGUCCAAUAACAGUUUGAAUACAGAUUCCAGCAACAUUUCUUCGCGAAUUGAUGGAACUCAGAGUCUAUGCGCAAUGCUAACACCCAAGGACGACCCAGAAUCUGUAAACCAUGCCACUGUUCCGGAUGACGACAUUUUCCAGAAGUUUAUCGAGAUCGAUAAUGAGCUGAGCGAGGAAGAAAACUUUUCCGAAAAUUAAUGUUUGGUAGCAUCUAUGCGUUUCGUAUAUUGUUUUAAGAUAAGAUUAGGCACUAGAUACCAUUCUAGCAUUGCCUUUGUUGAAGUCCAGUGAGGUCCCUUAUUUAAAUGAUUAAAUAAAUUAUUGAUUCUAACUUUCAUUUCAAGUGUAAUUAUUAGGAUGUAACAAAACGGGUCAAUUUUGCGGGCAUUUCAGGGCAUGAUCUUCUAGGUGUACUGAGCCCGAAUACUAAAUAUGAGCUGAUUGCUUGCGGUUGCUAGCAGGAGACCGACUCCGUGGCUUAAUGGUUACGGCUUCUGCCUGCCAAAAAACGAAACAGAAUCAGGUGGGGUUCGAACUCACACCUUUGGA